AUGCCUAGCAAAGAUCCUAUAGAUGCUUCUCAUUCUAAGAAGCCUGACACUGCUGAGAGAGUAAUUGAUUUAGAGGAAGAGAGUUCAAAAGAAGAAGAUGACACCUUGGUUCAUCACUUGAAACCAAGUGUUGCAAGGAAAAUGCAGACCAGGAAAGGCAGGACUGUGGCUGAGAUGUUGACAACUAGAACUAGGAAGAAGACUGUUGCUGUAGGACCCUCUAAGUCAUGGAGUAAAGUAGAGAGCAUAAGGCUUAGGUUUCUAAUAUACUUGUGUCCUGAACCCUAUCCAGAGGAGAACUUGGAGUUUCUUAAAUCACAGAAUAUUCGUCUAUUUCAAUUUGGAAUUGAGGGGAAAACGGAAGUUUCUUUACCUAUUCUCAGUGAUUCUAUUAUGGAGGCUUUGAAAAUUUUACUUAAUGUGAGAAAUCACCCUGUUUUGAUUCAUUGCAAACGAGGAAAGCAUAGAACAGGUUGUGUAGUUGGUUGCUUCAGAAAGAUGCAGAACUGGUGUCUGUCUUCUGUGUUUGAGGAGUACCAGCGCUAUGCUGGUGCUAAAUCCAGGACAACGGAUUUAACAUUUAUAGAGAUGUUUGACAUCAUAAAUCUUAGGCAGUGCCUCUACAGCAUCAUCUACCAGUAUCAAGGUGCUUCAAAGAAGCGCAGAUUGAUGUAUCAAGGCGAGACUACGCAGAAGCCACCCCGUUUGACAUCGUUUUAGCUGUUGCACUGGCUAUCAACUCCAUUUUUGGAUUUGGUAGAGAACUCAUACUUCAAAGUAAUUUUUUGGAGUCUUUGAACAUAUAUCCUUAGGGUUUUUAAAGAUCUUUUGAGUACUGCUAUU